AUGGCAUUCACACUGUCUGAGAUUAUGGCAGCGCGACGCCAGCAGCAGCAGCAGCAGCAGCAGCAGCAGAGUCAGCAGGCGCAGCGUGCGGGCAGAGGAGGCGUGGAAGUGGAUGAGUAUAGUGCCAACCCUACCCAAGCCUUCACCUUUUACAACAUAAACCAAGGACGAUUUCAGCCGCCCCACGUGCACAUGGUGGAUCCAUUGCCCCAUGACACCCCUAAGCCUCCUGGUUACACGCGUUUUGUGUGUAUCUCAGACACACAUUCUCGCACUGACACUAUUCAGAUGCCCUAUGGUGAUGUCUUACUCCACACUGGUGACUUCACCGAGCUUGGUCUGCCCAGCGAAGUUAAGAAGUUCAAUGACUGGCUUGGCACUCUUCCCUAUGAGAUAAAGAUUGUAAUUGCUGGGAAUCAUGAACUGACCUUUGACCAGGAGUUCAUGGCCGACCUGAUAAAGCAGGACUUCUACUACUUCCCCUCUGCGUCCAAACUGAAACCUGAGAACUACGAGAACGUCCAGUCCCUGCUGACCAACUGUAUCUACCUACAGGACUCUGAUGUCACCGUGAGGGGUUUCAGAAUCUAUGGCUCCCCAUGGCAACCAUGGUAUUAUGGCUGGGGGUUUAACCUCCCACGAGGCCAAGCCCUCCUGGACAAAUGGAACCAAAUUCCAGACUCCACAGACAUCCUGCUGACACACUGCCCCCCUCUGGGUUUUCUAGAUUGGGUACCGAGGAAGAUGCAGCGCGUUGGCUGUAUGGAAUUACUCAACACAGUGCAGAGGAGAGUCCAACCAAAACUACAUGUGUUUGGUCACAUACAUGAAGGCUACGGUAUGAUGACGGACGGCACUACCACGUUUAUCAAUGCCUCAGCAUGCACUGUCAACUUUCAACCUAUGAACCCGCCCAUUGUCUUUGAUCUGCCCAAUCCCAGAAGCUCAUGA